AUGAUCUGGAUGACGAUAAAAUGGACAGACAACAUUGUGUGAUGAUCUUCCUCUUAUAUGAAGUCUUUACGAUAAUAUAUGGAGACAUUAUACAACUGAACCCAGUUGUAUCAGUUCAUGAAGGAGAUUCUGUGGUUUUGUCCUGCUUUAUUACAACAAAACAGAUAAGUAUGACACUGUGGUACAAGCAAGUCACUGGAGAAGAACCACGUCUCAUUGUUUCCUCUAUUCUCCAUUCAUCGAAAAGCCAAUUUCACAAUGAAUUUGACAGCAACCAUUUUGAUGUGUUAAGAGGGACUGAUAGUUUAAAUCUGACAAUUGUGAACGCGGUACAAUCAGAUUGGGGCACGUACUACUGUGCUUUCUCUUUCUCUAAUAUCAUUAAAUUCGGAAAUGGCACUCAUCUGGUUAUUAAAGGAGCAAAAAUCAGCAAACCCAUGAGUCUAAAGCUGCCCAAGAUUGAAUUAGUUAAAUCAGGGGUAAAUGUUCCUCUGCAAUGUUCAAUCCAAAAUGAGUUUGAAAGAGGUGGAGGUGAACAUCGUCUCUACUGGUUCAAACACGGAUCAGGAGAAUCUCCUCCAGGAUCCAUUUAUGUUCAUGGAAACACAAGUGAUGGAUGUGUGGGGAGAUCUGAAGAUGACUGUCUGUCACCGACCUGCAUGUACAACCUCCCAAAGAAAAAGUUCAGUUCCUCACAAACGGGAACUUACUGUGCACUGGCCGCAUGUGGGGAGAUUUUAUUUGGAAAUGUUUCUAAACACAGUCUUGACAACUUUGAGAGUCAGAACAUACUAUUAUUCAUUCAAAUCGGCCUCGCAGCACUACUGGCAAUAAGUUUUACCAUCAACAUUCUACUUUGUUGCAUGAGGAAAAAUGGGAGAAAAUCUCAACAGAUACAGACUACUAAUGAGGAUGAUGAUGAUGUGUUAAUGAAUACGAACAGGGAAAUGACUUACACUACUGUACAAAUCUCCACCAAACACUCAAGAGUGAAGAGAGAGAGCCGUCCUGAGGACACACUGUAUUCUGGUUUAGCAUGUCAGCAGCAAAGCUGAAAACUACUGUAUAUUACUAUUUUUGCAGACAUUUAUUUCGUUUGCUCUGUGAACAUGUGUCUGCUUUGCUUUGCAAAGUAUUCUUACUUAAGAAAAUCAAAUUUAUUUAGAUUUUUCUGGAACUAAUAUAGCGACAC